ACUACAGCUCAGUGACGGUGUCAAAGCAAACUCAUGUUGACUUCGCUUUAACCGCUGUUUGUUGUGGAAGCUGCAGCAAGAAAACAAGUUGUACCACUGCUGUAAUGUGUUACAUGUGUGGGAUAUUUGUGAAAGUGAAAGUAUCCUAAACGACUCUGCUGCUCAAACAAGAAGAAUCAAGGAAUUCACGCAAGAACAAUCAACAUGGGACCCCUGCUUAAGAUCCUUAUUUGCUUUUAUCUGUGUACAGGUGUGCAGGGCAUCAAUCAGAUACCAUGGCUGCCCUGUCAGUUCACUGAUGAGCAUGUGUCUAUGAACAGUGAAGGACACAUUCAGACCGACCUUGACCACAGAGAGGCUAUGCUGCAGUUUGGUCAGAAAGGAGACGCUCCUGUUAAUCCACAAGCCAUCACUUUCCUGAUCACAGGGUCCAAAUUGGACCUGCGGAAGCAUCUUGAGGGGGUGGAGGCAGAAGAGCUGGAGUGUGUGCUGCGUAGGUACAGUACAGAGGGCAUCCAUGUCCGAUGGCCAGCCCAAGGGGCGCAGGGGUACAACCGGUGGUACAGCGCCACUCUCAAACACAGCAAAGGCCUUUUCACCGUCACCGGUUUCCUCAGACAACCAACAGACCAACCUCCACCGGGACAGCAGGACUACCGCAGCUGGCCUGCUAUCGCUGACAGAGAGAUCCUCACUACAACAGUUGCCAUGGCAAUCAAAACACAGACUCCAUCGGUGAAAGCUGGCCUGAGGUCACAGCAGAAGCUCCACUGCCAGUUUGACGUUGACCACAGAGGACCGAACAUCACCGUGGAGUGGCACUGGCAGCACCGCGGAGAAAGGACCAAACUCUUCAGCCACACCAGCCGAUCUGGGCAGACUCAGGGGUCCGGGGUUGGACUGAAGGCCCUCGCGGGAGGAGAUGCCUCCUACACCCUCCCUUUCACCAAGAUGAGCAGUGAAGGAACCUACAUAUGCUCUCUGUCCGUGAUUCCACUUUUUACAAGUCUAGACAUUAAUCUGCAGAUUGAAGAGCCCCCUCGUGUCUCCAUCAACGUCGGACCUGUCUUGACGCUACAGGACGGCGGUGAGCAGAAGGUGGUUUGUGAGGCAGACGGCUACUAUCCCUUGGAUGUGGAGAUAGUUUGGUAUGAGCAGGACCCGGCAGUGUCCAAUAAGCGGGUCGGCGCUCCUCUCCCAAAGGCACUGCAAAACAUCCUGCUGUCCAGCCACAAACACAACCAGGACUCCACCUACACUGUGUCGGCCUUUUUCUACCUCCAGGCUUCACUCAGAGCUUCAGGAAGGCAGUUCACCUGCAGCGUCUCCCAUCAGUCUCUGAGGAUGCCCAUCAGGAAGAGCUUCAUCCUCAGUGUUGAAGAGCCGAGCAGCUGGGUGUUCACCCUCUCUGUAGGCUUAGUCUUCGUCUUUCUGUUGGUGGUUCUGGCUGUGAUGCUGCAAUAUCUGCACUCAGCAAGAAAGAAGUGGAUUGAGAAGAAACCGUACUGAGCCUCUGCAGUGUGAGAAGAACCCAGCAGCGAUGACAGACUGUUGCUCCGUCAGUUUUUUUAUUUAAGAAAGUUGCACGUUUGAUUUUAGUCUUUAGGUGAUUUUGGGUUUCUGUGAAACUUGAGUUGCUAAAAAACUGGAUGAUGAAGUAAACAACGAACAUCUCGUACAACAAUGCAACCAUCCCAGUUUAAACCACCCUUGUGGUAGUUUUGACCCCAUGUGGUGCCUCAGAGUUAUACUCCUGCUGCACCUGCACAGGUGAUCUACAGGUGGAAGAGUUGUGUAAAAAAAUUAAAAACAAGCAAACUUAAUUUAAAAAUGUCAAAUAAUUGAAAGAAUCUGCCUCACUAUGCUUUAAAAUGUUUGACCUAACAGAUACACAUGUGUUGAUUUUUGUGUAUUUUGGGCGUUUUUUUAUAUUUAAUCCAUCAUUAGCUGAGGUUAAAAACAAAAGAGCUAAUCUACAUGAGAUUAUUUAAUAUUACUGAAGAGAACCAAUGAAUGAAUGAAAAAUAAAGGGUGAAACACACCUAUUAAUGGAUAGAUAAAUGUGAAAACAAGUCAAUCUGUUUAGGAAAAUAAUAUAAAUGAAAAGAAACUGUUUUGGUGUACAAAAACAGGCUGAUCUGAAAUUUGUAUUUCUUGAAAGAAAUUAGAUUUUGCACACAAAUAAAAUUUGCUUUUACAUAAUAAUGUU